GCGGGGGCCAGGGAGCUGCGUACGACGUCGCAACCUGGAUGAAGCUAUAUAAUGGCUCUAGUACAAAGAAGCAUAACGUUGGCAAGGUUCUCCGGAUACCAAAAACUUCGAUGUCCAUAGUUGGCUUCACGCAGAUCUGGAAUGCGUUUAAGUUUCUAGCACGAGAUGACCACGAGGGUAUGGGCUUCAAGGAGCGGUUUAUGGUCGUCUUCCCGACUCCAAUACUUCUUCCUUUCAAGGACAUUGGCAAGGUUCCGCAACUACCACGUGGACUGCGUAUUUCCCAGCCUGCAAACGAAAACGAGGAGUUCGACUAUGAUAACAAUCCGCUUCGAGGAUCAUUGCUUCAUCAGCUUCUCGAGACCUUUUUGCGUAUUGGCGAAGAUCACGGCAACAAAAGCCGCGUGUGGCUGUUUACGGAGGAGGCCACGGAGGAGGCAGGGAAAGCUCACGAUGCUGCUAACGACGUCAUAUGGGACCAUUGGAAGGAAGGGGACGAACCGGGAGGGGCGACAACUUCAAAAGAACGACCGCAGACCCACCGGGUUGCGCUUGCUUUUGCUGUGGUGGAGCAUGCACUAGACCAGCUUUUGCAAGAAGACGAGUCGACCAGGCCUUACGGUGUUGUCGGGCUGGAUUGCUAUCGGGGCGCUGAAGCUUUGUGCGCUUACAUCAAGCAAACCAAAGAGAUCCUUCUGGCAGAUCCUGUCGAGCAGGAUCUGCCCCUGACCGGAGAGGACGCGCUAAACGGAGAGCCAAAGGCAGGAUCGACCUUUUCGGCGCUGGACGUCAACGCUUUGAACAAGGCUGCAAAAGUGAAAAGGUUGAAGACUUGCCAGUACUGGCCUUGCCCUCUUGUCUUCCAGCUGCCAUUCCGAUAUAAGAUUUCGAAAUAUUCAAGUUAUGCUUUCAGUUUUGGGACGGACUUUGAAGAAAGCAUCAGGAACUGGGGCGGGUGGGGCCAGCCACUAGCAGACAAAACGAGCCCCAUCAACAUGCCGGACGACGAUACAGUCCAGCUGAUUGAUCGGCUAGGAAAGUACAAGGUCGGGUACACGGAGUACUGCAGCGCCUUUAAGCAGCAGCUGGUGCUGCAAAGGUCGAAAGGCGCCGAUCCUAGCUCAAGUGAGCCAGCCAAUCUUGAGACGGGUGUGGAAACGGAUGUUGGCCUGGAUCCGCUAGGUGGCGCUAACCUAGCCCUUCGGACGCCGGGGACGAAGACAGGAAGCCCGGCCGCGAACGCAACCAAGCAAGCCGAGGCUCAUGGUAUUGCAUCUCCACAGGGAUUGGCCUUGAUCAAGCAGGCAACCAAUGCUGCAUCUUCGGGACUGACUGAGGCCGAAGACGGAGACGGUCUACGACCUGCUCUAGAGAAUGCGCUGAAGCUCACUGCCGGUGUUGAGAAGGCCGCUAAGGCGGCCGCAUAUAUGAGGUCUAUCAAUAGUCCUGGGGCGGACUCGGCAACUGCGACGGCCAACCUUGCCUCGACUCUUGCCCAAAAGUCUUUGAUGGGCGUGGUUGAGGUGGUAAGGUCAAGAGGCUCUACGGCAACAGAGAAUGCUAUCAACGCGGCCGAAGAUGCUCAACUCGCGGCUUCUGCUCUACUAGCAGCGGGACAAGUCCGACCACCGCCUCCUUCCAAGCAAGCUGCUAGGCCGGAAGCUGUGGAUGCGAUCGAGGCGUUAACCCGGUUUGCUCAAGGCCUUGGAGCGGAUCCCCAAUCACUUCUUAUCGCUUUGCAAGGAGCUUUACCCCAAACCGGCGGGUCCGUUCUCCUGGCACCACCGUCAGGAACCGUCAACCACCCCCUCCCGCCAUCCCAGCCAACGGCGAAUUUCAUUGUUGAUGCAGAAACACAUCAAGAUAGGCUAGGAACUGCACAAGACGCCAAGGAUAGCCAGAAGCGUUUGAUGGACAGCCUUGCAGGGGCCGCUAUCACGGGGAAGGCCGCACUCGAGGAAGCUACUGAGAGCCCCGCAAAAGGGAAGAAAAGGCUCAGGAAGGCGGAAGGUACGGGCCAAGCCGAAACUAGGGCUACGAAAGCCGCAACCGCGGAUGCUAAUAAGCCCAAGACAAGAGCCAGAGGCGUUCGACAGUCUAGCAAGCCGCAGAUUUGA